GGUGUGUGUCGCUGUGCUGGGUUUUACUGUUUAGAAAUCCGCUGCACUCGCAGGAGUACCUUGGCUUCUGGGCUUCGGAGGUUCGGCUUGGUUGGUGGGAUGUGGAAAUUGAGGAAUGCUUUUAAGAGCAGACAUGUUGAGGAAUCAGGUUCUCCUUUUUGUCCUCGCGGUGGGGCUCAGGGCUCUAGAAACUCAAGCUUCUGGGAGAGGGAUUAGACACCUCUACCAACCCCCCUUGAUCACUGCACUGGUGGGAGACACAAGAACAGUAAACUGCACCUUUGAGUGCGCAGAAAGCGAGAGGGCUUUCGGCAAAUGGGAAAGAAUGACUUCGAACCAAUCAGUCGACAGGAUUUCUUUAAUCUGCACUGCGCUGAUGUCUGCCUGCACUGUAACAAUGGAAAUUAAGAACCUCACACUCCAGCACACGGACACCUACUUCUGUGCAGUAAAGCCUCCGGAUGCUGCUGCGGAGACGACCGGCAAUGGGACAAGAAUAAUUGUUUAUGAAAAAGUGGUCUCAGUCGAGGAGGUGGUGGUCGGGGGUGAGGAGUUGGAGCUGAACUGCUCUGCCACUGGGUUUUACCCGGAGGAGAUCGCAUUCACCUGGACAAGGGGAGCACUCCACAGUGCCGUUCAGAACAACAGAGUCAACCACGCCGACGGGACCUUCAGCGCCUACAGCCGGCUUAGAUUCACGCCUGACCCCGCGGACAACGGGGCUACUGUGGGGUGUCACAUCAACCACAGCUCACUCUCAGAGACCCUCACUCGACUGACUACGCUCAAUGUGACGUAUAGCCCCAGAUCCUUCAACGUGACUUACAGCAUCGAUUCGAAGACUCCACAGCCUGUAGAGAAAGCUGGAAUCUAUGCCCCUGAGAUGUCAACCCUGCGGUUGCACUGUGCAUUCCAGAGCAAUCCACAGUCAUCUGUUUCCUGGCUAAUAGAGCGCAAUUCCGCAGCAGAUUUCAAAAGUGCGCAUCUGGUGAUAGAUGGAGUGAGAGUGGAGGAUGAGGGGACAUACUGGUGCAUGGCAAAUAACAGCAACGGAGCAGGCAACAGCAGUGUGGCAGUACGGGUUAAACCCAGAGUGCCUUCACUUCCUUUCAUUUUCAUCGUGGUUCUGACUUCCUUAACCGUCCUGGUGAUUAUAGUGACCAUGGUAAGCAGUAAAUCCCAGGAUAAAAGGAAUCCAAAGGCAGAGAAGCAGGAGGUGGUCUUUUCGGAAGUAAGAUUUGUAAUGGGCACACCCCAGCCAAAAGCCCACUGCCAACUGCCUACGGAUCUGGGCUCGGGAGGAUCAAGCCGGAUGAAUACUGUGUGCCCUCUGGUCAGUCUCUCCAGUGGGCCGGACAGAGAGUGAAGACACACUGCACUGGCCCUCCUAGGUGCUGUGCAGACGGCAGCUCACAGAUGCAGCGUUGUCUUUGCUUGUUUGUCUGAAAGCGAGUGAAUGCCAGUUCAAGAGUCCCGCUGUUUGAAGAGCACUCCAAAAUGAAUUCCACUGUUGCACACCUAUGCUGUGUGAAUAUGGCUUUAUGUGUGCUUUUCAAUUGGUAUUUCUGAUCUGCAUUGUAAAUGAUCUCCCUUUCAAGUUAACAAGUUAAUAAACACAUUACUUAAAAGGCUUUAAAAAAAAAAACGUACUGUGAUUAUUUCUAUAGUGAGUUGUUAAUUAAACCUUUACUGCUAUUUUAGCCACUGUUUUCUGGUGACGCU